CAACAUGGUGAUUACAACAAGCAGGAUAGGUGAAGAAACAACUGAUUAUACAUAUGGCAACACAUUUGCCAAAUCGAAUGUGCCAUCAAACGAGUGUGACAACACAAGCAACAAAGAGGCAAGCACAUUGAACUGCAACAGUGAGAUUGAAAAUUUGGAUCCUACCGAGGAAGAACUUGAGGAACACUGGUACAUCGACCUAUUCAAGCGUAUAGAACAUAGUGAGGAAGGCAUGAGGCAGCAAAUACAUGGAGAAAGAGAAGAAGAAGAUGAACAAGAACAAGAAGAUGUUGUGAACAAUACAAACAAAAAUACUUCUCAAGAUCAGCAAACAGAACAACUUGAAGAGGAAGAUGUUGAAAACUUCUUGGAAAAUGAAAGAAUAGCAUCAAGUCAGGAGAAAGUUUCAGAAAUAGAUUUGCAAUAG